AUGGCGUUUCUUCUCCCUAAUCUCUCUCCAUCUUUCCUUCUUCAAACCGGAAAAUCCCUCAAAGAUAAACCCAUUUCUAACCAGUCUGUAUCGAUACAAUCAUCAUCAUCGUCGUCUUCUCUCAAUUGCCACGAAUUUGAAGCAGACAGUCUCUCUCUACUUUCUCUUCCGGUCCAGGCUCCUCCUGUCCGAGGUGCGCAGGUUAAGACCAGGCCGAUUCCGCAAGAUAAGCACCAGCACGACAAAGAUGAGUUCUACAUCAAUCUCGGUUUAGCUGUACGAACGCUUCGCGAAGACUUGCCUCUGCUCUUCAACAAAGAUCUUAAUUACGACGUUUACAGGGAUGAUAUAACAUUGGUUGAUCCAAUGAACACAUUCUCUGGAAUCGAGAACUACAAAUUGAUCUUUUGGGCACUCAGAUUUCAUGGCAAGAUUCUGAUCAGAGACAUCUCACUCGAUAUCUUCAGAGUUUGGCAACCAUCAGAGAACAUGAUUCUCAUCAGGUGGAAUCUUAAAGGCGAGCCUAGAGUUCCAUGGGAGGCCAAAGGAGAGUUUCAAGGAACAUCUCGCUACAAACUCGACAGGAACGGCAAAAUCUACGAGCACAAAGUCGACAACUUAGCUUUCAACUUCCCUCACCAGCUCAAACCUGCCACUUCCGUCUUGGAUUUGGUCACUGCAAGUCCUAAUCCAACUUUCAUGUUUGGCUCUGUGGAUUCAUGCUCGUCUUCUUGGAUUGAGUUCUAUCAAGCUGUGAGAAGAACAUUGGACAAGCAAGAACAGAAACAAAUUGGUUAUGCAAGACGGUUUUGUCAUAUGCUCUUAGAGCCAUUGGGUCGGUCACACUCAUUGUAUCUAAUAUAUAGACCGUUGCAUUGA